GCGGCUCCGCUGCUCUCCCGCGCCGACGACGCGCUGGGGUCUCCAGUAUGACGGAGCUGCGGCAGAGGACGGCCCGCGAGCCGGACGCACCGCUCGAGGACAAGGAGUCGGAGUCGGAAGUGAAGGUCGAUGGAGAGACUGCAUCGGAUAGUGAGAGUCGAACAGAACCAGCCCCCGUACCAGCCUCCGUAGAUGAUACCCCGGAAGUCCUCAACAGGGCCCUUUCCAACCUGUCCUCAAGAUGGAAGAAUUGGUGGGUAAGAGGCAUCCUGACUUUGGCCAUGAUUGCAUUUUUCUUCAUCAUCAUUUACCUGGGACCAAUGGUUUUAAUGAUGAUCGUGAUGUGUGUUCAGAUUAAGUGUUUCCAUGAGAUCAUCACCAUUGGCUAUAAUGUCUACCACUCCUAUGACCUUCCCUGGUUCAGGACUCUCAGCUGGUAUUUCCUUUUGUGUGUGAAUUAUUUCUUCUAUGGGGAAACGGUGACGGAUUACUUCUUCACUCUGGUCCAGCGAGAGGAGCCUCUGCGGAUUCUCAGCAAAUACCACCGCUUCAUUUCCUUCACUCUAUAUCUGACAGGGUUCUGCAUGUUUGUGCUGAGUCUGGUCAAGAAGCAUUAUCGGCUGCAGUUCUACAUGUUCGGCUGGACCCAUGUCACCUUAUUGAUCGUCGUGACCCAGUCGCACCUCGUCAUUCACAAUCUCUUUGAAGGCAUGAUCUGGUUCAUCGUCCCCAUUUCCUGUGUCAUCUGCAAUGACAUCAUGGCCUAUAUGUUUGGAUUCUUUUUUGGUCGGACCCCACUCAUCAAGCUCUCGCCGAAGAAGACCUGGGAAGGCUUCAUUGGGGGCUUCUUUGCCACCGUGGUGUUUGGUCUGCUGCUGUCCUAUGUGAUGUCCGGGUACAGAUGCUUCGUCUGCCCCGUGGAGUACAACAAUGACACCAACAGCUUCACCGUGGACUGCGAGCCCUCAGAUCUGUUUCGCCUGCAGGAGUACAACAUUCCUGGAGUUAUCCAGUCGGUCAUCGGCUGGAGAACAGUCCAGAUGUACCCCUUCCAGAUUCACAGCAUCGCCCUCUCCACCUUCGCUUCCCUCAUCGGCCCUUUUGGAGGUUUCUUCGCAAGUGGAUUCAAACGCGCCUUUAAAAUCAAGGACUUUGCCAAUACCAUUCCUGGCCACGGAGGCAUCAUGGACCGCUUCGACUGCCAGUACCUCAUGGCCACCUUUGUCAACGUGUACAUUGCCAGUUUUAUCAGGGGUCCUAACCCCAGCAAGCUGAUUCAGCAGUUCUUGACCCUGCGGCCAGAUCAGCAGCUCCACAUCUUCAACACGCUCAAGUCUCACCUGACUGACAAGGGCGUGCUGACAGCCGGCACGGAGGACGAGUAGGGGCCACCCCGGCCAGGAGAGCAGACGCAGGACCGAGCGAAGGGCAGGCCUCGGGCAAGCCCAGCCCGCGUGCGGCUUAGAAGAUGACAAGCCUUCAACUCACUACUUUCUCCUUUUCUUUUGG